AUGGAUUGGCACAUGGAGAAGAAGCUUGGAAAGGGAGAGCAUGAUGUUUUUACUCAAGAAUCACCCAAUGAGAAGAGGGAUGUUCAUGGAGGAAGAAAUUAUCAGCAACCACCUCACAAGAGAAGAAUGGAGCCAAGGAGCAAUUUUGAAGAUUUGAUAACUUUCAUCAAGAGUUCUCAUAGAGAGCACACAGCCUUGAUUGAUGAGAGAUUGGAGUCAGCCUUCACGAGAUUGAAUGAGAAGUUGGAUUCUAUUUCUUCUUUCACAAGAGACUUGGAUCUUAGAGUUGCCAACAUAGCCAGCUCUAUUAAGAGAGAAGAAGGUAUGCUACCAGGAAAAGUGGAAAUCAAUCCAAGGAGAGCAGCUGUAGCAGCUAUCACUCUUAGGAAUGGAAAAGGAAUAGAACCAGGAACUCAGGAGGAAGUGGAGAAGCCACCUGAAGAACCAAGAGUGUAUGAGCCAAAGAUCCCAUACAGAAAUGUUCUUUCUCAACCCAAGAAGGAGAAGGAGCAAGCAAAGCUCAAGGAUCUUGUUAGCCAACUUUCAGUAAGGUUACCUUUCAUUGAUGCUUGCCAAAUAAUUCCAUCUCUCAGGAAGUAUAUGAAGGCCAUACUCACAAGCAAUGUGAGUCUUGAAGAAGGAGCAAUGAUGAUUACAAAGGAGUGUAGUGCCAUACUUCAGAAUCGCAUGCCAGAGAAGCUGAACGACCCAGGAGUUUUGUUUUGUCUUGCAAGAUCGGUUCUACACACUUCCAUAGAGCACUUUGUGAUUUGGGUUCUAGUGUGA